AUGGCAUCGUCAGCAGAGCACGAUUUGACUCUGGCUGAAGCGGCGGACAGCACCAAGGAGAAGUCUCAGGUGUUUGGGAUUUUGAGGCUGCAAGAGGAGAAAUCUGGCGCUGCUGCUGUCGUUGUGGACAAGGCCAGUACCACCACGAGCAGUAAUAAUAAUAGUAGUGGUGGUGCCAGUGUUAAAGCUGGAGGAGUCACUGGGGGAGAUGGGCGAUGGCAGGCUCCUAUCUUCGCUUUGGCCAGGAAAGCCUCAGAGACCAUUUCAGGGAGUAUUCAUGUCCUGCCCAAAGUGUCGGAUCACAGGACGUCUCUGCCAGAGGAGUGGACUAUGCAAGCGUUUCGUGACCCGAUGGCCAUGGAGCGAGCGAACCUGUUGAACAUGGCCAAGCUGAGCAUCAAGGGGCUGAUCGAGUCGGCUCUGAGCUUCGGGCGGACCCUGGACUCUGACUAUCCCCCUCUGCAGCAGUUCUUUGUCGUCAUGGAGCACUGUCUCAAACAUGGCCUUAAAGUGAAGAAGUCCUUUCUGGGCUUUAACAAGUCUCUGUGGGGUCCUCUUGAGCUGGUAGAAAAACUGUGUCCUGAAGCCGGAGAGAUCUCGGCCUCAGUGCGAGACCUGCCGGGACUCAAGACUCCACUGGGAAGAGCCCGAGCCUGGCUGCGCCUGGCCUUGAUGCAGAAGCGGCUGGCCGAUUAUCUGCGUUUACUCAUCACUAGGAAGGAUCUGCUCAGUGAUUUCUAUGAGAUUUCAGCCUUGAUGCUGGAGGAGGAGGGAGCUGUCAUUGUUGGCCUGCUGGUGGGCCUGAAUGUUAUUGAUGCCAAUCUUUGUGUGAAAGGAGAGGACUUGGAUACACUGGUUGGAGUAAUAGACUUCUCCAUGUACCUGAAGAGUGAUAUGGAUGACUACAGGAGCGAAGAACGCAAUAGUCAGAUAGCAACCAUCCUGGACCAAAAAAACUACAUUGAAGAGCUGAACCGACAGCUCAACACAACUGUACACAGUCUGCAGGGCAGAGUUGACUCUUUAGAGAAAUCUAACUCUAAACUCAUUGAAGAGUUAGCCAUUGCAAAAAACAAUAUUAUCAAACUACAAGAGGAGAACCAGCAGUUAAGAAGUGAAAACGGUCUAAUAUUAAUGAAGGCACAGCAGCACUUAGAGGUAACGCAGGGUGACGUCUCAGUAGAGAGGGACACGUACAUACAGUCUCGUCAGGGUUUGGAUGAAAUGUACAGUGAAGCCCAGAGACAGCUGAAGGAGGAGUGCCAGCUCAGACAGGACGUGGAAAAUGAGUUGGUUGCUCAGGUGUCAAUGAAACAGGAAAUGGAACUGGCGAUGAAACUUCUAGAAAAAGACAUUCAUGAAAAACAGGCACUCUGGAUGGUCUCAGACCUCUAG